AUGACGUCUCUCCUCCGACGCCUCCUCCCCACACGCAUCCCCAACACAGGCUCCCAACAACGCGACCACCACGCCAACGAACGCACCUUCCUCUCAUGGAUCCGCGCGGGCCUCGGGUUCGCCGCAAUGGCACUCGCCCUAGACCGUCUCGACAAAAUCGAUCAAAUGCUAUCCUCAAAAUUUAACCUGGGGGCUAUAUUAUCACCGCAGACGCAUUCGCAAGUGGAACUCCAAGAAUUAGAAUCGGUGUCUCACUCUGCACACGCGAAUCUGUCGCCAAUCAAAUCUACACCGGGGACAAUAGUAAACGUCCGCGAUUGCAAGUCUAGCGCCGUGAUGCUGUCACAUUCUUUCUCUGCAUCUAGACUGUGCCAGUUACUCGGGCUAUGGUCAUUAGGGUACGGGUUCUUCCGGUAUUGGUCGAUGAGGCGGUAUUUACUUUUAGGGCAAUUUGUGCCUGCGUUUUGGGGGCCGGUGUUUAUGACUGCGGGCAGUUUUGGGGCGUUUAUGAUGUUGGGGGUGCAGAUGGAUCGGCGGCAUGGACAUCGGGAAUGA